AUGAGCGCGACAGCAGUUCCACCUGCGCAAACCGCUGAAGGCGGCGAGGAGUACUUGAAUUCCAUGAACUUUCGGUCGCUCAUCGAGUGGCUGACGGCGGAAGCGCUUUUGAGCCGACCAGACGACCCGCUGGCGUUUGUGCGAACUGUGAUCUCGGAAAAGUUGGCGCAGAGGUCGUCUGGGGAGGCUUACAACCCCGACCAUGCCGUGGCGUAUAUCAAGCAAUGCUACGCCGAAGCCAGUGCCUCGGCAGAUGAAAACGGACGGCUCUGCUUGCGUCCCAAGCGCGACACGACUGUGACGCCCUCGGGGGAUCUGGCGUCGAAUAAGCGCCUGGUCUUAUUGGAGAAACUCAUUCAAGCCUUUCGCGUCAUUACGAUGCAGCUCGACCCUAUGGAAGGUAAUGCUUGUGCAGUGCCACGCACCGCGACACCUCCACAACAACAUUUCGUUUAG